AUGUCGACCUCUACUACCUCUUCCGCACGCUCCACAACUCCUAGCUGCUCGUCGAACCCGACUCAGCCUAUCCAGAUUGGUUUCUCUUCCUCAUCGACAACCAUGACCAGACCUCGCAACACUAGCGAUGCUUCCAUCGUCUUCGGCAGCCCUUCUCCUAAUGGACCCGCUGCUUUCCCUUCCUGGAAACUUGCACGUCCCCAGCUUCCUCAGGGUCCCGCCAGCUCUUACAUCAGUGACGAGGAUCUCUUUGGCGAUGACGAGGUUGCCUACCUGGACGAGGCACCUGAGCCACCUAGAACUGCCGAACAGUGGAUGACCUCCAAGCGCGGCAUGGCCAUGGCUGCAAAUGCAAGCCUGGUCACUCUCGACAGCAGCUGCGAGAGCUACAACAGCUUUGGCUUCAGCAACGGCUACACGCCUAGCAAGCCCAUCAUGAUGAAGAAAUAA